GUUUUUAUUUUAUUUUUGGGUUGCUGUUUGAAUUUUUUCUGCUGCUCCACGAAGUUUUUUACGCAGCGGGGGGAAAGGAUAUUUUGUUUAGAUCGAAAGAGAAAUUAUAAUCCGACAUUUGUGAGCUUCCAAGGUUUCCCUCGGAUUUCUCUUUUGAUCAAUUACCCUGCAAAAUAUCUGCGCUUCUGGAUCUCUCCGCUUCUAUUUUCUUAAUCCUCGAAACGAUUUUUCAAUUUUCGCAACCCACAUUUCCGAUCUUGGAUUUGGAGCGAUUUGAGUUAAAAAGUGUCACGGCUGCGCCAAGUCAAGAGGCCAAAUGCGCGUGACCGAGAAUUCAAGACAAAGUCUGCUUUCAAAGCAUUGGGUCUGCGCCUGCCUUCGGAGAAAUGUUCACCUAUAGGAAUAUUCUUAUAACUACCUGAUCCUGAUGGUCCGGGGUAUUUAUGUGCUCGUGGCCCUGUAUGUUCGAUAAUUGGCUGACUUACGAAGCGAGUCUUUCUUUAACACACUCUGGUGCUGAGAAUUCGUAAGGUACUAAUCCUUGAAGAAGCUGAAUUUACUUGUGAGGGAAGCUGCUUUGGAGGGAGCAAAACGUUAUACUGAAUUGCGGGCUCCUGUGUUUUCCUGGUCUUGCUGUAGGAGUUGGCGAGAGCUUGCGCUUCUAGUUGUAGAGUAAUACAAUGGGAGGUGGCAGAAGGAGAAAGCUGAAUUUCAGCAAGCUUUACUCAUUCAAAUGUGGAAAGGCAUCUUUGAAGGAUGAUGACCAUUCACAGCUUGGGGGGCCAGGGUUCUCCAGGGUUGUUUUUUGCAAUGAACCGGAUAGCUUUGAGGCCGGAAUUCGGAAGUAUGGGGGCAAUUAUGUUAGGACUACAAAGUAUACCCUUGCCACUUUCUUGCCUAAAUCAUUGUUUGAGCAGUUUAGGAGGGUGGCUAAUUUUUACUUCUUGGUUGCUGGCACCUUGGCUUUCACCCCACUCGCUCCUUAUUCAGCUGUUAGUGCUAUCAUCCCUCUGAUUGUCAUUGUUGGAGCAACGAUGGUGAAAGAGGGUAUUGAAGAUUUGCGGCGAAAGAAGCAGGAUAUUGAGGUUAACAAUAGAAAGGUUAAAGUGUGCAAACAUGAUGGGGUUUUUGAUUAUACUGAAUGGAGGAACUUGAGAGUGGGAGAUAUAGUGAAGGUGGCGAAGGAUGAAUUCUUCCCGGCAGAUCUCCUCUUGCUUUCAUCCAGUUAUGAUGAUGCAAUCUGCUAUGUUGAGACCAUGAACCUUGAUGGGGAGACAAAUUUAAAAUUAAAGCAAGCAUUGGAGAAAACUUCAUUCUUAAAUGAGGACUCCAACUUCAGUGAUUUCAAAGCUAUUGUUAAAUGUGAAGACCCCAAUGCAAAUUUGUACUCUUUUGUUGGAAGUAUGGAGUUUGAAGUGCAACAAUAUCCCCUCUCUCCUCAACAACUUCUUCUCAGAGACUCUAAACUCCGGAAUACAGACUACAUAUACGGGGCUGUUAUCUUCACUGGUCAUGACACAAAGGUUAUUCAAAAUUCUACUGACCCCCCUUCAAAGAGAAGCAAAGUUGAGAAGAAAAUGGACAAAAUUAUCUACUUCUUGUUUUUUGUUCUGUUUCUGAUGGCAUUUAUUGGAUCUAUUUUCUUUGGCAUUGCAACUGAAGAUGACUUGGAAAAUGGAAGGCCAAAAAGGUGGUAUCUUAGACCAGAUGAUUCCACAGUUUUCUUUGAUCCCAAAAGAGCACCACUGGCAGCAGUUUUUCACUUUCUGACGGCCCUUAUGUUAUAUAAUUUCUUUAUUCCAAUCUCCUUAUAUGUGUCAAUUGAAGUUGUGAAAGUUCUUCAGACUAUCUUCAUCAACCAAGAUGUUCACAUGUACUAUGAAGAAGCUGACAAACCGGCACAUGCCCGUACCUCAAAUUUGAAUGAGGAACUUGGCCAAGUUGACACAAUACUUUCUGAUAAGACUGGAACUUUGACCUGCAAUUCAAUGGAGUUCAUCAAGUGUUCUGUGGCUGGGACAGCUUAUGGUUAUGGUGUUACAGAGGUUGAGAGCGCUAUGAAUGGAAGCUCACCUUUGGUUAAUGAGAAACUAAAUGGACUUGACCACAAAAAAGACUCUACUGAUUCCAAGUCACAUGUAAAAGGCUUUAAUUUUGAAGAUGAAAGAAUCAUGAAUGGGAACUGGAUGAAUGAGCCUCAUGCGGAUGUCAUUCAGAAAUUUUUUCGGCUGUUGACGAUCUGUCAUACUGCGAUACCUGAAGUGGAUGAAGAAACAGGAAAGGUUUCUUAUGAAGCUGAAUCUCCAGAUGAAGCGGCAUUUGUGAUUGCAGCGAGAGAACUUGGUUUUGAAUUCUAUAAAAGGACCCAGACAAGCAUUUCACUGCAUGAGCUGGAUCCGGUGUCGAGCAAGAGAGUUGAAAGGACGUAUAAACUUCUGAAUGUUCUAGAGUUUAAUAGUUCAAGGAAGCGGAUGUCUGUGAUAGUAAGAGAUGAGGAAGGAAAAAUACUUGUACUUUGUAAAGGUGCUGACAGUGUCAUGUUUGGAAGGCUUGCUAAGAAUGGUACGAAGUUUGAAGAGGAGACCAGGGAGCAUGUUAACGAGUAUGCUAAUGAUGGCCUGAGGACCUUGAUCCUUGCAUAUCGUGAGCUUGAUGAAAAAGAAUACAAGGAGUUCAAUGAUAAAUUCAAUGAGGUGAAAAACUCAGUAAGUGCAGAUCAGGAGUCAUUGAUUGAUGAGGUAGCAGAGAAGAUUGAGAGGGAUCUAAUUCUUCUUGGUGCAACUGCCGUUGAGGACAAACUCCAAAAUGGGGUUCCUAAUUGCAUCAACAAGCUUGCCCAAGCAGGAAUUAAGAUUUGGGUCUUGACUGGAGACAAGAUGGAGACUGCCAUCAAUAUUGGUUUCUCUUGUAGCCUGCUGAGACAAGGAAUGAAGCAGAUAAUAAUCAAUUUGGAGAGUUCCCAAAUUCAGGCAUUGGAAAAAGCAGGAGACAAGGCUGCAACCGCUAAGGCAUCAGAGGAAAGUGUUUUCCGUCAGAUAACUGAAGGGAAGGCUCAGCUUACUUCAUCAAGUGGGAGAUCUGAGGCAUUUGCUUUGAUAAUUGAUGGGAAAUCACUUGCUUAUGCUUUAAAUGAUGACAUGAAGAAAAUGUUUCUAGAUCUUGCCAUUCAUUGUGCAUCUGUUAUAUGCUGCCGCUCCUCACCAAAACAGAAGGCAUUGGUUACAAGACUGGUUAAAGAUGGGACGGGGAAAACAACGUUAGCAAUUGGUGACGGUGCCAAUGAUGUUGGAAUGCUUCAAGAAGCAGAUAUAGGGGUUGGAAUAAGUGGUGCUGAGGGAAUGCAGGCGGUCAUGUCAAGUGAUGUUGCAAUUGCACAGUUUCGAUAUUUGGAGCGGUUGCUACUUGUGCAUGGACAUUGGUGCUACAGAAGGAUCUCAUCAAUGAUAUGUUACUUCUUCUACAAGAAUAUCACGUUUGGUUUCACUCUCUUCUUAUAUGAGGCGUUUGCAUCAUUCUCUGGACAACCAGCGUACAAUGAUUGGUUUUUGUCACUUUAUAGUAUUUUCUUCUCAACAUUUCCGGUGGUUGCUAUGGGCAUUUUUGACCAAGAUGUUUCUGCUCGUUAUUGUCUGAAGUUUCCUCUAUUAUACCAAGAAGGGGUGCAAAAUGUCCUUUUCAGCUGGCGUCGAAUAUUUGGCUGGAUGUUAAAUGGGUUUUGCAGUGCCAUAAUCAUUUUCUUUGCCUGCAUGAAGGCUCUGGGGCUAAAGGCUUUCAAUAAUGAUGGACAAACUGCUGGGAAGGAUAUCGUUGGGGGGACAAUGUAUACAUGCGUUGUUUGGGUCGUAAACCUGCAGAUGGCACUCGCUAUAAGUUACUUCACCUUGGUGCAACAUGUUGCCAUCUGGGGUUCUAUUGCAAUCUGGUACCUUUUCCUCUUGAUAUAUGGAGCCAUGUCUCCUCUCACUUCUACCACAGCCUACAGACUCUUAAUCGAAAACCUUGCCCCAUCGUCUUCGUAUUGGCUCGUCAUUCUUCUUGUGGUGAUCUCAGCCCUGAUACCAUACUUUUCUUUCUCGACAAUUCAGAUCCGCUUCUUCCCAAUGUACCAUCAAAUAAUACAGUUGAUACGGCAUAGUAGCCGAACAAACGAUCCCGAGUAUUUUGAUAGGGUGCGGCAGAGCUUGCGGCGGUCGACAACUCUCGCUUCACAUAGCACUUAGCAUCAAGUACUAGCCGCUUAAGCAAUGAAAAUAAUGAUCACAGGUGAUAUAUGUGAAUUUGUUCUGGGAUAGGUAGCAGUCAGAAUGGAGGUCGUAUACGUCUGGCUGAACUUUGAAAUUUUGCCUGCUGUGUGCAACUCAAGCUUGAUAUAUGGUAUUUAUGGGCUCGGAUUGAAGGUACGGACCCAGAGAUCUCCAUUGCAAGAUGAAGGUGUACAGGAGCAUGAUUCAUUUGUAUCAUAUCUUGGAUAAACAUUUCCCCAAAUUAAUACUGUCCGGGUUUUCACUUUUGGCCACCCCCCACCUGCGGUUACAUCUAUUAAUUAUACCAUGUAUUUUUUGUAUCAGUAAAAAUGUCAUAUAGAUCAACGGAGCAAAUUCGACGUGGAGUUGGAUAGUGUUGCUCCGAAUUACAAGAAAGAGAAUCUGAGCCACCAGAUUUUUCCAGUAAUACUACUUUCUUAAUUAGCUCUCAUCAGGUGUAGUUCUACUUCUGGUCAGUACCAUACGUGUAUAAGAAUAAUCCCAAGAAACUUUAGUAUUUUUGGUUAAAUUAUAAUUUUACAUUGCUGAAAAAAUUCUAUUCAUC